CGUCAAGUGUCAACAAAUCACAAACACGUGUGGAAGAGGAGGCAUGUGUAACAGUAGUCUUAUAUUCUUACUUCAACGGGGAUGUUUAAAUAAUUAAUAAGAAGAUAAAUGCACGAAGAUUAAGGAAUAUUCAACAAAAUGAAGUUUGCUUAUAGGUUUUCCAAUCUGCUCGGAGCAGUCUAUCGACAGGGGAAUUUGAAUUUCUCUAAAGAUGGUAACGCUGUGAUCAGUCCGGUUGGAAACAGAGUCUCUGUUUUCGACAUGAAAAACAACACAUCUGAGACGUUACCUGUCUCCACUACGAAGAACAUAACAUGUGUGGGUCUCUCACCUGAUGGAAACUUAGCCAUAGUAGUGGAUGAAGAUGGUGCAGCCUUGUUGGUCAGUCUCAUCACCCGAGCCAUCCUUCAUCAUUUCCACUUUCACAAACCUGUGAACAGCAUCCGUUUCUCACCUGAUGGCAGGAAAUUUGUUGUUACGAAGGAGAACGUAGCUCUGAUGUACCACGCUCCCGGGAAGCAGCGGGAGUUUAAUGCCUUCGUAUUGGACAAGAGCUACUACGGUCCUUACGACGAAACCACCUGCAUUGACUGGACGGACGACUCCAAGUGUUUUGUGGUGGGCAGUAAAGACAUGUCGACAUGGGUGUUUGGUGCAGAGCGCUGGGCCAACCUCAUCUACUACUCCCUGGGCGGACACAAGGAUGUGAUCGUGGGCUGUUUCUUCGAGAAGGACAGUCUGGAUCUGUACACGGUGAGCCAGGAUGGGACGCUGUGUGUCUGGGAGAGUGACACCGAGCUGGAUGGCCUCGUCCUGAAGAAGAGCCGGGACAAACCCAAGCCCCUGAGACAGAGGGAGGAAGAGGAGGAGGAUGAGGAGGAGGACAGGCUGGAGGGAGAGGAGGGAGAGGUCAUCAGAGGGAAAGCUGAAGCUCCCAAAGAGAAGACGACGAAGAACGUUCGAUACAAACAGAGAAGCAAACACUUCUUCAACAAGGAGGGGGAUUUUAAUAACCUGACUGCAGCCGCCUACCACAAACCGACCCACAUCCUGGUCACCGGUUUUGCGUCCGGUAUCUUCCACCUGCAUGAACUUCCAGAGUUCAAUCUUAUUCACUCCCUCAGUAUUUCAGACCAGAGGAUUGCUUCAGUGGCCAUGAACAGCUCUGGAGACUGGAUCGGCUUUGGAUGCUCAGGGAUGGGUCAGCUGCUGGUGUGGGAGUGGCAGAGCGAGUCGUACGUCUUCAAGCAGCAGGGACACUUCAACAACAUGGCGUCACUGGCUUACUCACCAGACGGACAGUACAUCGCGACGGGCGGUGACGAUGGCAAAGUCAAAGUGUGGAACACCAACAGCGGCCUUUGCUUCGUCACCUUCACUGAGCACACCAGCAGCGUCACCAACGUCACCUUCACCUCCAGCGGCUUCGUCAUCGUCAGCGCUUCUCUGGACGGGACGGUCAGAGCGUUCGACCUGCACAGGUACAGAAACUUCCGGACGUUCACAUCGCCUCGGCCUGCACAGUUCUCCUCCCUCGCAGUCGAUCACAGCGGGGAGCUGGUGAGCGCAGGAGCCCAGGAUUCGUUUGAGAUCUUCCUAUGGUCCAUGCAGACAGGCAGACUCCUGGAGGUUCUUGGGGGUCAUGAGGGUCCAGUCAGCUGCCUCUGUUUCAGUCCAGUCCAGUCCAUCCUGGCCAGCGCGUCGUGGGACCGCACCGUCCGGCUGUGGGACAUGUUAGACAGCUGGCAGGUCAAGGAAACGCUUCUCCUCACCUCUGAUGGCUUGUCGGUGACUUACCGCCCUGACGGUCAGGAGUUGGCUGUGGCCACUCUGAACGGGGAGAUCUCUUUCUGGAACCCGAACACGGCCACACAGACGGGCUCUGUGGCUGGACGCCACGACCUGGAGGUGGGCCGCAAAGAGACUGACAAAGUCACGGCCAAACAGACCGCCAAGGGCAAGUCCUUCACGUGUCUGUGCUACUCUGCGGAUGGGGAGUCUGUUCUGGCAGGAGGUCAGUCCAAGUUCGUCUGCAUCUACAACAUCAAGGAGCAGAUGCUUAUGAAGAAGUUUGAGAUCUCCUGCAACUUGUCAUUUGAUGCCAUGGAGGAGUUCCUGGACAGGCGGAAAAUGACGGAGUUCGGGAGCCUGGCUCUGGUGGAUGAGGGAGCUGGAGACGGAGACGGGGUCAACAUCAGCCUCCCUGGAGUCAGGAGAGGUGACAUGAGUUCUCGACACUUCAAGCCAGAGAUCAGAGUCAGCUCGCUGCGGUUUUCCCCGACUGGUCGUAGCUGGGCGGCCACCACCACCGAGGGCCUGCUGGUCUACUCUCUUGACGGCUCCAUGGUGUUCGACCCCUAUGACCUCGACCUGGACGUGACGCCGGCCAGCAUACGCAAGCAGCUGCGACUUCAGGAGUGGACGUCGGCCAUCGUCCUGGCGUUCAGGCUGAAUGAAAAGGCCCUCAAGCAGGAGGUGCUGGAAACGGUGCCACAUGAGCAAAUCCCGGUGGUUUGUGGGUCUCUCCCUGACAUUUAUGUGGAGAAGCUGCUGGGAUUUGUGGCGUCGUGUUUGGAGAAGUCGGGUCACCUACAGUUCUACAUGAGCUGGGCUCAGAGCCUGCUCAUGCUGCACGGACAGAAACUCAAGAACAGGUCAGGAGCCAUACUGCCUACCCUCCAGGCGCUGCAGAAGAGCAUCCAGAGACACUUUGACAACCUGUCCAAACUGUGCGACUUUAACAUGUACAACAUUCGUUAUGCCAAGGCCCUGUCGAAGCAGAGGGGUGUGAAGAGGGCGGCUGAGGAGGUCCAGGAGGAGGAGGAGGAGGAGGAGGAGGAGGAGGAGGAGGAGGACGAAGGGCUGUCUGAGGGCAUGAGUGAAGCCUCUGCAGAAGAUGCAGCAGAAAUGAUUCUUUAGGCUUAUUUAGGUGUCCUGAAGCCCUGCAGAGAUGAUAAUGAUGUUGGAUUGUAAAAACAAACAGAUUUCUGUGAUAAAACUUUGUUAUUGUAAACUGUUUUUUAUUAAAUUCUUAUGUAAAUGUAAA